GACAGAGAGUAGCAGCAUUAAGAGAGCUAGACUACAAGAUGGACAUACGGAAGUUUUUCAACAAAGAUUUGGCUUGGAUCCCUAAACUCCGAGGAAACAUGGUGCCACCGUGAGAUGCUGUUAAGACAAUGGCGAAUGGUUCGCACGUGGAUCCCGAGACGGCCCAGAAGUCUACUGAGACCCGGGGGCCAUCUUGGCCGGUCUUGCUGCUCACGCUGGCUGCCGUCACCUCCUCCUCCUUGUCAGCUCUGUCCUUGUACCAGCUGGUGGUCCUCAGAGCUGAGGUGGUUGGACUGAAAUCCGAGAUGUGUCGCAGGAGGGAAGAGAGUCAGGAGGCCAAGCGUAGAGACCAGACUGAGGAUAUCAGUCAUGGGAGAGGCAGCCAGGCGGACCCGCAACACGCUUUCACCCUCUUGAGGAGGAGGAGGAUGGUCUCUGGAACGGACAAACCAGUUUCUCAGUCGUGUCUACAGCUGUUGGCGAAUAAUAGCAGGAGAACCUUCAGGAAAGACUUUGCCCUGGAGCCAUACACAGGCAUCCCCUGGCAGACUGGCCUGAGGAGGGGCUCUGCACUGGAAGCAGUAGGAGACUGCAUGGAGGUCCAAGAGGAGGGCUUCUUCUUUGUCUAUAGUCAGGUGUACUACAUGGACAGCACUUUUGCCAUGGGCCACGUGGUGGUCCGGAGGAAGAGGACGGUGGUGGGUGACGAGGCCCAGUAUGUGAUCCUGUUCCGCUGCAUCCAGAGCAUGAACCCUGUGUACCCUUACAACACCUGCUACACAGGAGGUGUUGUGAAGCUGGAGGUGGGCGACCAGUUAGAGCUGCUGAUCCCCAGGUCCACAGCCAACGUGUCCCUGGACGGAGACGCCACCUUCCUGGGCGCUGUCAAGCUGCUUUAAAGGCUGUCACCUCACAUGAGAAGCACGCCUUCAUCCUGGAAGAGACAUUUGUGCACAGCAUGAAAGAGAGACUGUCUGAGCAGGUUACAUUUAUCCAUCCAUCCAUCCAUUUUCUACCGCUUGUCCUUCUCUGGAUCCUAUGUUACACAGGCUCCCCAUGUUACAAUUAUACUUCCUUCCAAAUAAUCAGUAAUAUUAUGCAUUUGCAUGCAGCUGCAAUAUUAUUUACCAUGUAGCAAAAGCCGUCUUUUGCAGAAUCUGUUGCUUUUUCUUUGCAGUCCUGUUUAAGAUGUGUGGC